CCGGAGCCGAAGGCGAGCUCUGAGGCCUUCCUGGGCCUUCGGUGCGGGGUAGAAAGAGCGAAGAUGCGGCUGGGCUCGGGGUCCAGAUUGGGGGUGCCCGUGCCGCCGCUCCUGGCGCUGCUGCUGCCGCUUCUCCUCCGGGAGGCGGCAGGGGAGCCCUGCGCCACCGCCUCUCCCUGCUCUUGCCGGCGCGGGCUGUUGGAUUGUAGCCGUCUCCGCUUGUCGGGCCGGAGCCUGGAACCGGGCCUGCUCUCGUCCCUGCCUCACGGCACGACCGCCUUAGACUUAAGUCAUAAUCAUUUGUUAUCCUCUAACUGGAGCAUUGGUUCAUCUGUUCAAGCUCUACAAGAAGUGAAGAUGAAUUACAACGAGCUAACUGACAUUCCCUUCUUUGGUGAAUUGACUUCUAACAUCACACUUCUCUCGCUAGUACAUAAUAGAGUCCCAGAGAUAAUCCCUGAACAGCUUCAGCUUUAUGUUUCCUUGGAGAACCUUGACCUCAGCUCUAACUUAAUUUCUGAAAUCAAAGCCUCUUCAUUCCCACGAAUGCAACUGAAGUACCUGAAUCUGAGCAACAAUAGAAUAGCAACACUGGAAGCAGGCUGCUUUGAUAAUAUAUCCAGCUCACUAAUUGUUUUGAAACUAAACAGAAACCGAAUCAACAUGAUUCCAUCAAAGACCUUCAGACUGCAUCAUGUGCAAUUCUUAGAACUCAAAAGAAACCGAAUUAAAGUAAUCGAAAGCCUUACCUUCCAAGGCUUGGACUCCUUAAAGUCACUAAAAAUGCAGCGCAAUGGGAUUAGCAGGCUGAUGGAUGGUGCUUUGUUUGGAUUGGAUAAUAUGGAAGAACUAGACCUGGAGCACAAUAACCUAACUGAAGUAAACAAGGGCUGGCUGUAUGGUUUGAGGACAUUACAGCAGCUCUAUGUCAGCCAGAAUGCCAUUAACAAGAUCAGUCCAGAUGCAUGGGAGUUCUGCCAAAAGCUUUCAGAACUAGAUCUCUCAUACAACCAAUUGACCCGCCUGGAUGAAUCUGCUUUUGUUGGACUAAAUUUAUUGGCGAGGCUAAACUUGAGUGACAACAGAGUCAGUCACAUAGCGGAUGGUGUCUUUAAGGGACUUUCAAAUCUGCAAACUUUAGAUCUGCGAAAUAAUGAGAUCUCCUGGGCCAUAGAAGACUCAAAUGAAGCAUUCAUAGGGCUUGACAGACUCAACAAAUUGAUUCUGCAAGGAAACCAGAUUAAGACAAUCACAAAAAAAGCAUUUUCUGGUCUUCAAGCUCUUGAAUAUCUAGAUUUGAACAGCAAUGCAAUUAUGUCUAUUCAAGAACAUGCCUUUGACCAGCCUCUUCUAAAAGAGCUGGUGUUGAACACCAGCAGCUUACUAUGUGACUGCCAGCUGAAGUGGCUGGUCCCGUGGCUGACCCAGCACCAUUUACAGGAUGCUGUCAGUGUUGCUUGUGCUCAUCCCGAAUGGUUAGCUGGACGGAACAUCCUCAGCGUGGACCCUGAGGACUUCGUCUGUGCUGACUUUCCCAAGCCACAGAUCAGAGUACAUCCUGAGACUACCAUUGCACUUCGAGGUACCAACGUUACCCUGACUUGCAAGGCAGUGAGCAGCAGUGAUUCACCUAUAUCCACUACCUGGAGGAAAGACAGUGAGAUACUGUAUGAUGCAGACAUACAAAAUUUUGCCAGGUACCAGCAACAAGAUGGUGAAGUUUUGGAGUACACUACUGUCCUGCAUGUUUUCAAUGUGAACUUCACUGAUGAAGGACUGUACCAGUGUAUCAUCACCAACCAUUUUGGAUCCAAUUAUUCCAACAAGGCCAAGCUGACUGUCAAUGAGCUGCCUUCUUUUGUGAAAACCCCUAUGGAUCUAACUAUCCGGACUCGAGCCAUGGCUAAACUGGAGUGUGCUGCCGAAGGCCACCCUCCACCUCAGAUUUCCUGGCAGAAAGAUGGAGGCACAGAUUUUCCUGCUGCUCGUGAAAGACGCAUGCAUGUGAUGCCAGAAGAUGACGUCUUCUUCAUUGCAAAUGUGAAGAUUGAAGAUAUGGGAAUCUACAGCUGCAUGGCCCAAAAUGUGGCAGGAGGUCUAUCAGCAAAUGCCACUUUGACUGUGUUAGAAACGCCUUCAUUUGUCAGGCCCUUGGAGGACAGGACUGUGGCCCGAGGAGAAACAGCUGUGUUGCAGUGCAUUGCUGGUGGCAGCCCUGCCCCUCGCCUAAACUGGACCAAAGAUGAUGGGCCUCUGACCGUAACAGAGCGGCAUUUCUUUGCUGCUGCCAAUCAGCUGCUCAUCAUUGUAGAUGCUGGCUUAGAGGAUGCUGGGAAAUACACCUGUGUCAUAUCUAAUACACUUGGUACAGAGCGCGGUCACAUCUAUCUACAUGUCAUAUCCCCACCAAACUGUGACUCAGCCCAGAAUGGCAUUGGGAUCGAAGAUGAUGGCUGGACAACAGUUGGCAUUGUGAUUAUCGUUGUGGUUUGCUGUGUUGUGGGCACCUCUCUGGUAUGGGUUAUUGUUAUCUACCAUAUGAGGAGGAAGAGUGAAGACUACAGCAUUACUAACACAGAGGAGGUAAAUUUGCCUGCUGAUAUUCCUAGUUACUUAUCCUCCCAAGGGACUCUGUCAGAGCCACAGGAAGGCUACAGUAAUUCUGAGGCAGGAAGCAAUCAACAGCUGAUGCCACCUGCCAGUGGUUAUGCGCACAAAGGCACAGAUGGUGGCCCCGGGCCAUUGGUGAUCUGUUCAGAUUGCUACGACAAUGCCAACAUCUACUCCAGAACCAGAGAGUAUUGUCCUUAUGCAUACAUCACUGAUGAAGACCCACUUGACCAAACGCUAUCCAGCCUAAUGGUGCAGAUGUCCAAAGAGCCCUACUCAGUGUGCACACCGCAUGAAGCCCCUGCUGUGGACAGUAUCUCAGCUGACAGAGACAUGUCAGUCUUUCUUACCAAUCAUGACAGAAUGCUUGAGAGGAAACCCUGCUCCCAACCCUGUAGCAGUGAUCCUUUUCAGCUGCCUUUAUGGGGCAUCAAUAAAGAUCUGGGGAUGUCACAUCAUUUCUCACCUCAGGCCAAGACCCACGAGGUGCCUCAAGUUCUUCAAAGCGAGGGCGUCACAGAGAAUGACCAUGAGCACGUUAUUUCCCCCAGACCUCACCACAGGUUACAUGAACAUAAUUUCAAUUUUAACAGGACUCGGAAUAUACAGGAAUAUCAUGAAACUACAUAAAUGGCAUCCAAGCAAGAAGCCUUAACAGCAGUUUGAAGCGGUUGACAAUGCCUUCACUACCUCAGGAUUUGCCUCAUGGCCAAAGAUGCUCCAUGCUUGCAACAGAGCCUGUGCGGUCCAGUGACUAGUGUCCAAGCAAAGAGUGGGCAGGUAAUAACAGAAAUCCUGUCUUCUAUCAGGCUCAGCUGUCAUGGCAAACUGAAUGGUAGACAGGAAAGAACAAAUACUGUUCUUAGCAGAGUAAUUGCUAAUAAAAGUUACCGUUGUUGCAUGGGAAACAGCCCCAUGAAAACUUCACAUUUCCUUUCCUGCCAAAGAAACCAACUUUAAAGAGCCCCAUUGCCAAGACCCUUAGUAAUCAUAAGCAUGAACCUUUUGGUCUUUCAGACCACUAACAGGAACUUGCAUCAGUGUGUCCAGUCAAAAAUUUAUUUAUCCUUGUCUGGCUAAAAGACUUCACUGUAAAUACAUUUAAAUAAUAUAAUUUUGUAUACACUAUACAUACAAAUGUCAGGCUGAAAUGUAAAUUUUCUGUUAUGCCAAAAAUUACACCCUGGCCAAUCUUUCUGGCAUCUGCCAACCAUUCUGCAAGAGACUGGAUAGGGUUCCACUUCUCAUGAUUGAAAGCUGAAUGGCCACUUUGUACUAUCAUGUUUUGCAUACAGUGAUCAUUAUUAUCAUAGUCUCCUCUUCAGUAUUCUGUGUGGAUCUCUGCACAUUGUAGUCAUCAGUAUGGACAGAAACUGUUAAUGGGAACUGGAGUUCACAUAUCAUCAGCCAUUAUGGUCUAAACAGGGUUAGGUAUAUGGCAGCUUGGGGGAACACACAUGGGUUGGGAGGUUACCUGUAUGGCCCGUUGGUAUUCUGAGGCCAAGGGGUCAUUUUCUGAACAUCAUGGUUGCAGUGUGACAUCACUGUCUUUGAGGCUCAAGCCUAGAAGGUAUGCAAAGAUCCUGCAGUUUGUAUUUUGGCAACUGCUAGUACACAUGUGCAUGUUAAUCUCUUGAUGACUACGGAUUGGAGACGUGUGUAUGUAUGUGAAUGAGCCGUUGCAGGUCAACAGUUGCAGUUGCCUCAAACUCAGUGCUUUUCAGUGGAUUCUGCACAUGCAGCUCUGAGAAUUCAAGGUAAGUAUUAGUAUGUCUGAAGUGGCCCCAAGAACCGAUUAACUGAACACCUGGAAUUAACCAUAGAAGAUCUCCUGGUCAUCCCAGCAUGCACAGCAGCCGCAAAAUGGAAUUUGUCACACUUCAUAACAUGCUGUUGUGUCCCAAAGCAAAACAUCAGCCAUGGCACAAAAUCCUAACCAAGUUAUGGGAUAAGUGCAGCAGAUAAAGGAAGAUUAAUCUCAGGGUAAAGAAGAGAGGCUGCACUAUUAGUUUGUUGCUGAUUUGAUGCUUCAGGGUUCUGGACAGCAGUAUGCAGACAUCCCAGAAACUAACUAUGGCAUCACAGACAAUUAUGUUAGCCUUUUGCUUUCUUCCAGCAAAAUGUGUAAAAACUGACUUAUAUAUGUGUAUAUAUGCAAAUUAACCACGGCCUAAGUUCUGUGUAGCUCAAAGGCUUACUAAUCUUUUCCACACAGUCCAGUAAGAGACAUUAUCUGAACUGUAUCAUUUUACACUAUGAAGAUGCGGACACAGAAGGACUUACCAGGGAAAUUGUGAUCUCAUUCAGUUGGAAGAAUUUGCAUACAGUUGACUCAGUCCGGCUUGCCUAGUGUAAUGGCAAGUUUCUUGUUAGAGCGGAGUGUUCUCUUAUGGCUGUAUGUGUCUCGUUACAUGAAGCAGAAAGUUCUGUCUGGAAACAAUGUCAAUUUUUUUACCUAUGAAUGCUCAAUUUCUCAUCGGGCUUGUCCCAGUUACUCUGAGCAGCCAAUCAGGUACCAAAGCUAUAUAAAUGAAAACUCUUUUUGUGGUUCUUUAUUGUGUGCAGGGGGAGAGGGGGAGCAGUGGAAGAUGCCACCUUGCAUGCUGCUUAGUCCUGUUUUAUACUGGAGUCAAAAGUCUUACAGUUCUCCUUCCCUUUUAAAGCAGAGGCCUUCAGAAGUAUCUGAAACAUCCAAAGCAAAAUCAGCUUGUCCACAAGAAACCUAAGUUCUUCUUUCCAGGGGGGUUAGGUUUCUUCCUUCAUCUUUGUCACGUGUUCGCUUCAAAGCACUGAAUGUAUUCUUGCUGCUGACUGUCUUCCUUCCAGCUGCUUGCUGCUAUUGUAUGUGAUAGCCUGUAUCUGAUCUAGAGCAGAAAUAGAGAAAAUGCUGAAUAUGCACUAUUGGAGAGGAGAGGGAAGAACCAACCUAUUAUCCAGAUAGCCCGAGACCAACCUCAAUUGCUCGACUUAGGUGAUCAAGCUGUGCAGGAGAAAUGAUUGUGCCAUUUAAGCUAUCUAUUGUGAAAUAUUAAGUGCUUUAAGGAUCGAAGUCAGGCAAUAACUAAAACUGACCUGCCUGGCAUCUUUGGGGGAAAGGCAGUGUGGCAUUAAUCAGUUUCUUGUAAUCUAAGUGAAAAGAUUAUCAUGAUGUCAUUCUUGGUGAGUAAUCAUACGGCAAGGGAUGACUGCCCUGCAGUGCUAAUCUCAUGUUGCUGAUUCUGCAUGUUCAGCAGUGAAUGCCUCUAGGACAGUUAAAGUAUUCUACUACUACUACUACUACUACUACUACCUAAUGUAAAGCUGUUCUUGUGAAUGAGGACUUGGUGGAGAAAAAAGCCUCAAGUAGAGCUACCUAUGGAAAAUCCAUUAUGCACAGGACAGAAUUGGACAGUGUUAAAGGCAGAGUUUUAUCCUACAUCUUUGUGUAUUUCUAGAGUGAACUGUGUCAGGAUGCAAAGUGUGCAUUGUAUGAGUUGUGGUGGAAUGCUUACUCUAGAAACUGGAAUGCUAGAAAGAAGGAUAGAAAAAUUUGUCAGCCCAAAUCCCUGUCACUGUGUUUUAGUGCCCUACUAUAGCUGAGAGGUCAUCCUGUGAAAUAAUUCAAAGGUUUAAAGGAAGGAAUGGAUUUGUUAGUAGGGCUGAAUCUUUAGACCAUUUAUGAGAUUGGGGUACCUUCAUGUUCAUGAGGAGGUAAAGAUUUCAGGACUAUGAAAUGUAGCAUUCAGAUUUGCGUUGGAAAGCCACAUUGAUUUCAUAGGUGAGCACUUCCAUGCUAAAGGGUCUGAAUGGGAUUUUGUUUAGAAUUGGAACAAGAACACUUAUUUUGAAACAAACUUCAUCUCUCUUUCCUCCAAGGGAUCUGUGUCUUAGCUUGUAGGGAGGGAAGUUAUUUCACAGAUGUUCCUCUUUUUGACAAUGCCAAAGUAAUUGUUACUGGACAUUUCUAGGGCAGUGCAAACCAGUGGUUCCUUGCUUGCAGCUGUCCUUUCCAUGUAUGUUUUUAUAUUUUCUCACUUAUCAGAAUGUAUAUUUUGUAUAGCAUGUGUAAUAUGUUUGUCUACUGUAAUAUGCUUCAGUCAAUAAAACUACACACAGUCAA